AUGGACAGCCACCUGGAGAGCACCAUCAUGAACGUCAACUGCACGUUCGGAAUCGGAUGCAACUGUCUGCUGCUCUAUUUCCUCAUCAGCGAUGGCAGGGCGAGGACAACUACAAAAAAGAUGCUGGCCAUCAUCCUGCUCUACAACGUGUACACAAGCGCCGUCCAUAUGGUCCUCGACAUGGGCUUCAUCGUCGACGAGUAUGGCUUUGUACUUUUCAGCAAAAAUUUUGCGACGGCCGGCUUUUGGACUUCCUAUAUUGCGAUUAUGGUCUAUAUGGACGCAUUCACCGUCACUCUGACUCUCCUCGCCACUCAUUGCGUCUACCGCUACGCCACCAUUUCCGGCCAUUUGGCUUGGCUGUUCAAUACGAAACUCGGCCUCUCCGUUCUCGCCUUCUUCAACCUCAUCUUCGGGCUGCUGUGGUGCCUCUUUUCGCAUAUUUUCCUCUGUCCAACGGCGGGCCGAACGGCCAUGAGUCGCCGGACAAUGGCCGACCAAUUCGGGAUCGAGAUCGAGCAAAUCGGGUACAUUGGCGCCAUGUUUCUGAUGCCUGACGAUGCGAGGCCGGGGAAGGUGCGAAUCCAGUGGUUUAACAUGGCCGGCGCCGGGCUGGUCAUCGCCAUCUUGAUAACCGUGUACACGGCAAUAUGCUUUGGGGCGUUGGAGUUGUACUUAUUCGUCCGCGGCUCGACCCUCAGCGCCAAAACCAAGCGUCUUAACUUCCAGCUGCUUCGGCUGCUGCUCAUUCAGGCGAUAGCUCCCAUCGUCUUCGAGUACAUCCCCUGCGUGAUCGGCAUGUUCGGCGGGGUGUUGGGGUUGCCCAUCCAGGACUACGGGCUCGCCGUCCCGUUGAUGACCUCGUGCUUCCCGACUGCUGAUGCUCUGUUUGUCCUCAUCUUUUUCAAGACCUUCCGACACCGUCUACUUGCUCUACCCAUCUUCCGACUGGCCCGCAUCAACCGCUCCAGCACCUCCGACCUUCCUCAAUCCGUUUUU